GCAGUGAGAAGUGCAGGUAGUCCGCCAUUGUUGAAUGAAUAACUAGUCAAUUUGUUGUUUAUCUGUCAACAAUCCACUCGCGGUACCGGGACUCUCUGGCCGGGUGAAGGCUCGUCGGUUGUACCAGUAACCAGUGGUCCCACCCCGGAGGACACUUUCAUGUGAAUACGGCGCCCAACGGACGAGGCAACCAUGUCCAAUCUCAGCAAAGGCGGUACCAAGAAGGACACCAAAAUGAGGAUACGGGCCUUUCCUAUGACGAUGGAUGAGAAAUACGUCAACAACAUCUGGGAUCUUUUGAAGAAUGCCAUCCAGGAGAUUCAGAGGAAGAACAACAGCGGCCUGAGCUUUGAGGAGCUGUACAGAAACGCCUACACAAUGGUGCUCCACAAACAUGGGGAGAAGCUCUACACAGGCUUGCGUGAAGUUGUCACAGAACAUCUCAUUAACAAAGUACGAGAAGACGUCCUGAAUUCCUUGAACAACAACUUUCUUCAAACAUUAAAUCAGGCUUGGAAUGACCACCAAACAGCUAUGGUGAUGAUCAGAGACAUCCUUAUGUACAUGGACCGUGUGUAUGUGCAGCAAAAUAAUGUGGAGAACGUCUACAAUUUGGGCCUCAUCAUAUUUAGAGAUCAGGUGGUCCGCUAUGGCUGUAUCAGAGAUCACCUCCGACAAACGCUGCUGGACAUGAUUGCACGUGAACGGAAAGGGGAGGUUGUGGACAGGGGCGCCAUCAGAAAUGCUUGUCAAAUGCUGAUGAUCCUCGGCCUCGAAGGCAGAUCUGUGUAUGAAGAAGACUUUGAGGCUCCUUUCUUAGAAAUGUCAGCGGAAUUUUUCCAGAUGGAGAGCCAGAAAUUCCUCGCAGAGAACAGCGCCAGCGUGUACAUAAAGAAGGUGGAAGCCCGAAUCAAUGAGGAGAUCGAGCGGGUGAUGCACUGCCUGGAUAAGUCCACAGAGGAGCCCAUUGUCAAAGUGGUGGAAAGGGAACUCAUAUCAAAACACAUGAAAACCAUAGUUGAGAUGGAGAAUUCCGGCCUGGUUCACAUGCUCAAAAAUGGAAAGACUGACGAUCUGGCGUGUAUGUACAAGCUGUUCAGUAGAGUUCCCAACGGGCUGAAGACCAUGUGUGACUGUAUGAGCUCGUACCUGCGGGAGCAAGGGAAGGCCCUCGUGUCAGAGGAAGGCGAGGGGAAAAACCCUGUGGACUACAUUCAGGGUUUGCUAGACCUGAAGUCACGUUUCGACCGCUUCCUCCAAGAGUCUUUCAACAACGACCGGCUCUUCAAACAAACCAUCGCCGGCGACUUCGAGUACUUCCUGAACCUGAACUCUCGCUCACCUGAGUACCUCUCGCUCUUCAUCGAUGACAAGCUUAAGAAGGGGGUGAAAGGGUUGACAGAGCAGGAGGUGGAGUCGAUACUGGACAAAGCCAUGGUGCUGUUCCGCUUCAUGCAGGAGAAAGAUGUGUUUGAGAGAUACUACAAGCAGCAUCUGGCCCGCAGACUCCUCACCAACAAGAGUGUCUCAGAUGAUUCAGAGAAGAAUAUGAUCUCAAAGCUGAAGACUGAGUGCGGCUGUCAGUUCACGUCCAAACUGGAGGGAAUGUUCCGCGACAUGAGCAUCUCCAACACCACCAUGGAUGAGUUCAGGCAACAUCUACAAACAACUGGGGUGUCGCUCGGGGGCGUAGAUCUCACCGUGCGAGUGUUGACCACAGGAUACUGGCCGACACAAUCGGCAACACCCAAGUGCAACAUCCCACCGUCGCCGCGACACGCUUUCGAAGUCUUUAGAAGGUUCUAUCUGGGUAAGCACAGUGGCCGACAGCUGACGCUGCAGCACCACAUGGGCUCCGCAGACCUGAACGCCACCUUCUACGGCCCCAUCAAAAAGGAGGACGGGUCAGAGGUGGGAGUAGGAGGAGCUCAAGUCACAGGCUCCAACACCCGGAAGCACAUUCUGCAGGUCUCCACCUUCCAAAUGACGAUUCUCAUGCUCUUCAACAACAGAGAGAAGUCCACCUUCGAGGAGAUCCAGCAGGAGACAGACAUCCCUGAGAGGGAGCUGGUGCGAGCUCUGCAGUCGCUGGCCUGUGGGAAGCCCACUCAAAGGGUCCUGACCAAGGAGCCCAAGUCCAAGGAGAUCGAGAACGGCCACGUUUUUACAGUCAACGACCAGUUUACCUCCAAACUGCAUCGCGUGAAGAUCCAAACAGUGGCUGCUAAGCAGGGAGAGUCUGACCCAGAGAGGAAGGAGACAAGGCAGAAAGUCGACGACGACAGGAAGCACGAGAUUGAAGCCGCCAUUGUUCGCAUCAUGAAGUCCAGGAAGAAAAUGCAGCACAAUGUUCUAGUAGCAGAGGUCACACAGCAGUUGCGGGCACGAUUCCUCCCUAGUCCUGUAGUCAUCAAGAAGCGCAUUGAAGGACUCAUUGAGAGGGAAUAUUUGGCACGAACACCAGAGGACCGCAAAGUAUACACUUAUGUAGCGUAAAACACGUGACUAGAGUAAGAGAUUUGUGCGUUGGAGAAACUGCGAGCCUUGUUUUUGUGGACUGCCAUGCGUUUGAAUGAAUUUGGAAGUGCUUUCAUCAUUGAUACUGGGAUACACUGGGAAGCCUCUUCCGAGAACAUGUAAAAGGUAAAAUAAAACGAGAUGAAAAUGAAGCGUGGGGAAGUUUUUCUAGCAAUAUUAGAUGUCUUCUGCUAAGAGAAAAGACGGGAGGGGAUCUAGUUUUGUACAAAAUUGUGUUUCUUGUGGCCUUUUGAGAGAAUUGCGUGAGCCUGUUUGCCAAUGACAUGCUGUUCUACGCGGAACCUCAAGAACAUCACUGCUCUGUUACCAAGCAAAGGCGCGGCUACUUCGGAGACCAGGAGAACAUUCAAAUCCACUCCCUGUUUUAAAUGUUGGUGUCUGUGUGUUUGUGUUUUGUGACACGAUGAUGGCUGUACAGGUUGACAGACACUUUUUUUUUUGUUCUCUGAUUUUAAUCAGCAAGAGGUCAAAAGUGUAAACUGGUGCAGACCUGGCGCCGCAGUACGUCGAAACAACAUAAAGAAUGCUUAAUUUAUGUUACAAUGGCUUUGGUUUUUUGAGGUCGUCUAAAUGUCGCGAUUGAGUAAAUCACAGCGCAGAACAUUUAAAGCAACACCUUGUCACACACACACAAUAACUGGACCAGGUCUGUACUGGUGAUUCAAGAAAAACUCACAGCAUGCUUUUAUCUAUCAGAUCAGCCGGGGGAAUAACACGCGCGGCCAGAGAUUCACUUCAGGUCUGCAGUCAACUCUAAAGGCCAACGGUGAACAAGAAAGGUUCCUUGAUGUGCAGGUUUCAUGUUUCUUUUUUUUUUUUUUUUUUUUUUUCCAUUCUCAUCUGCAUUUUGAACAUGUGGAAGCAGUCUCGUACCACGUUCAAAUGUGUACAAAUUGUAAAAUAAUUAUUGUACUCACUGCAAAGAUGGAUUGUACAGGGCCUUGUUUUCAUCAUAAUAAAUGUAGAAUAAACAUG